GAGAGGGAAACGUGUACUUGGACGCAGCAGUGAAAAUGUUAGCGGGCGGAAGGCAUAUUUAAGGGUUGAUUUUGGCAGGGUAAGGUCUUCACACAAAGUAGCGGGUCUUCCUAGAGAGCAGUAUGCUUCUCAUGCUAGCUGGCACUGCUGUUAGCUACAUUUAGCUUCUCCAGCUCCCGCUCCGGACUUUAUUAUCUCCUUUAAAGCUGCAUUUCAAAGCCAAAUUCAGGGCCAUGGAUUUUCCGGGCCACUUUGAGCAGAUCUUCCAGCAGCUCAACUAUCAGCGCAUCCACGGGCAGCUGUGUGACUGUGUCAUCGUAGUGGGCAGCCGACACUUUAAAGCCCACCGCUCAGUGCUCGCAGCCUGCAGCACCCACUUCAGAGCCCUGUUUACAGUCGCAGAAGGGGACGCCAGCAUGAACAUGAUCCAGCUGGAUAGCGAGGUGGUGACGGCAGAAGCUUUCGCUGCUCUGGUGGACAUGAUGUACACAUCAACGCUGAUGCUGGGGGAGAGCAACGUCAUGGACAUCCUUCUUGCUGCUUCACAUCUGCACCUGAACAACGUUGUGAAGGCCUGCAAACACUACCUGACCACGCGAACACUGCCCUUGUCCCCUUCUGCAGACAGGCCCUCCCAUCACCACCCGCAGCAGGAGCAACAGCAGAGGCACAGGCAGCAGCAGGUUGGAGAUUUAGGAGCUAAUGUCCCAGCUUCUGCUGCUACGUCUAAGCUGCAGCGCUCCUUCCUGCUGCAGCAGCUGGGCCUCAGUCUGGUGAGUUCUGCCUUAGGAGGAAUGGAGGAAGAAGUGGCAGGCAACAGAGUGGUGGAACAGAGAGCCUCCUUCCCAGUCAGGCGCUUUCACAAGCGUAAGCCUCCCCUAGGGAUUGGGCUUCAAGAGGAACGACCCAGACAGAGGCAGCGGCCCUCUGCCCCCAGCCGCGGACUGUUGGGAGAGAGUGGGGUGAACGCAGAGAGAGAGGAUGGAGCACUUCUUUCACCAGACUCCCACAAGAUGGGCGACGAAUCCAAGUCGGAUGGAGCGGUCGGCGGGCCUCAGGACGACCCCCAGAUGCCGAGUCAGUCGGACAGCGGACACUGUGAGGAGGAAAGCUUAGGAAGAAUGCAGGGAGGGGUGGGGAAGGAGGAGGACAUCAGUGAUCAUGACCAGCGGGAUGAACGAGUGGGAGUGAAGAUGAAAUCUGGAACAGAGGAGGAGGCUGAGGAAGAGGAGCAGAAGGUGGUGGUCAAACAGGAGCCUCUCAGUUCGCCAGAACCUGUGGACGAAAACAGUGACGUCACAUCCCAGGCCGAAGGUAGCGACCCGACGGAGCCCGGGUGCCAGGAGGAAGAGGAGAAGGUGGAGCUGAGCCCAGAGAGCAGCGACCGCAGCUUCACCUCUGAACCCCAGCCCAGCUCUGAGUCUCUCCUCAAGAGCAGCAUGGCAGGAGGUGCAGGAGUUACAGCAGGUUUCAGCUGCAGCAACGUUCUGAACAACAAACCUGCUUUUAAUAUUCCCAGCUUCCUCGGAGCCAAGGAUUUCAGCAGCGGCAGGUCCGGGUUGGUUGCUGCAGAGGAUGCCCUUCCUAACACGACCACGGGAGAUGCUGUUUCACAUAAUUUUAUGCUGAGACAAGACACAGCUGCACCAUCCGGGUCUGCCUCAUCGUCGGUUCUGCAGCCUGGAAUGCUAAACACCGAGAGCAGAAACAGCUUUGGAGAUAACCUGCAGCCGGACUCUUUGUUCCUCCGCCCGCUGCAUGAUGGGUUAGGAAACCCAAGAAACGGGGGAGGGGGUGCUAGUGGAGGACGUGGAGGCAUGGAUCCCUUCAGCUUGGACUUCCAGAGAUCCAGUCUGGGCCUCCACUCGCUGGGCCGCCCCUCGAGGCCAGCAGGAGGAACUAGUGCGAACGCUCUGGGUUAUCAAAGCUUCAGGCGUAUCGCUCCAAAAAUGAACUCUGGAAUGGGAGGAGAAGAACCCGUAGGUGGGAUUAUUCGUAAUGCUGCAUCUUCUUCAUCCAGUCUAUCCAGUCCUCUGCUCCUUAAUGAAAGCGGAGGGUACGAGAUGAACAGCAGCAGGCCCACCUCCCUCCCACCCCAACUCACGCGGGCGUCGGCUGACGUCCUGUCCAAGUGCAAGAAGGCGCUUUCGGAGCACAAUGUCCUGGUGGUGGAAGGGGCGCGGAAGUAUGCCUGCAAGAUCUGCUGCAAAACCUUCCUCACCCUGACCGACUGCAAGAAACACAUCCGAGUCCAUACCGGAGAAAAACCCUACGCCUGUCUCAAGUGCGGCAAACGUUUCAGCCAAUCGUCGCACCUUUACAAGCAUUCCAAGACCACGUGUCUGCGCUGGCAGAACAGUAACAUGUCCAACACUCUGCUGUAGAGGGCGGAAAGAAAGCUAGGCUUUUAACGAUUCACUCAACAUGAAAUUCUCCCAUUUUUUUUUCUCUUCAGAAUGGUUGGAUCCCAUCAUCUUCAUCUCUUUUCUUCCCCUAGAUAAAUCAGUCCUGAUCACAAACCAAAGAUGAGGAUUAUAUUUUUCUCAUCCACACUAUCAGCCUGUUCUGUAA